AUGAAGUACUUCAUGUUGCUGUUCAGCUUGACGCUGAUUUCCUGCUCAUUCGCGGCACGGGUUGACAUCGACUGGUCCCAGGUGCGGCCAAUCGAGGAGUUUGACCACUACCGGGCUCGGCUGUCUUCCAACCUCAAGCACCCAUCGGUUGCAGCCAAUCCUAACAGACGGAUUGUGAACGGGCAGGAAGCUUCUCCGGGACAGUUCCCGUACCAGGUGGCCCUGCUCGGGCAGUUCAACCAGGGAGUAGGCCUUUGCGGAGCUUCGAUUAUCACCAACAACUACGUCCUCACGGCGGCCCACUGUGUCCACAGUGGUACCAACUCCAAUACGCCGAUCGUGAGCGGUGUGGCCAUUGUAGGUGCACACAAUCGCAUGAUCGAGGAACCGUCACAGCAGCGCCGUACGUUCACAUCCGCAGGCAUCGUUGGCCAUCCAGGGUACGACCUGUUUACCGUACGCCACGAUAUCGCUCUCGUCCGCCUGGACGAACCGAUCGUGUACACGGACCGAAUCCAACCGAUUCGUCUACCAGCCCGCUCGGAUGUUCGCAGCUUCGGUGGCUUCAUUGGAACGGUGUCCGGAUUCGGCGUCUACGACACGGCCAAUCCGCAGCUUUCGGAUGUGCUGAACUAUGUCGCCAACCCCGUCAUGACCAAUCCCGAUUGCAUUGCCCAGUGGACGCCACAGCUCGUCGAGGAUCAGAACAUCUGCCAGUCCGGUGAUGGAGGUCGCGCAGCCUGCAACAGUGAUUCGGGUGGACCGCUGACCGUGCCGGACGGUGGCAGCCUUCUGGUAGGAGUUGUUUCUUUCGGCUCCAGCACUGGCUGUGACUCCGGUAUCGCGACGGUGUUUAUGCGCGUUUCCUACUACCUCGAUUGGAUCGAAGCUAACUCUGAUUUUGUAGCUGAUCCUUAA